UUACAUUUAAUAUGUUUUUGCCAAGUCCAACUCUAAAAUCUGCCUCCAAUUUGUAAUGAAACAUGUUAUCGCCAUCUUGUGGCCACUGGUGGAACUGCAGCAACAUGUGUUACAGCCUCAGUUUGAUGGGAACAAAGCAAAACUGACUAGUAAUUUUAGCUUCAGCUGGCAGAGAACUGGAAAAAGCUCAGUGACAUAGAGCAGCAUGGAAAAACACUGGAAGUCAGGUGUGAUGUCAUCUGGGUAGAUCUAAAUCCCUGAGCUGCUUGUCAAAUGCCAGAAAAGAAGACCCAACAAGAAGGAAAGGCAAGAGAACUGUACCGACUACAAGGUCCAGUUUGGGAGGGUUUUCUCUGUGCCUGGGGAUAUGGCUAUGCUGAAUAGCACCCUGGUGUCUCCAGACGUCUUCGACUUCAGAACUGUCCCUUACAACAUCACCUGGUACGACUCAAAAACGGGCCGAGAAAUGAGCAACCAGACUGGUCGAAUCCUGGUGCACGGGGAGACUCUGUGGUUUCUUAACAUAACACUGGACGACGACGGAGACUAUGUGAGCAUACUGAGAACUCCCUCUUGGUGCUACAGGCAGGCCACCAAGCUGGUAGUGGAACUGCCAGUUGCUGGAGAGUGUGGAAGGCCAAAGAAAGCUAAUCAAACGCUUAUAAUGGGAGUCACUGACAACCUGUCCUGCCCUCUGAAGCACUAUAUCAAUAAACUGGACAGCUACAACAUCACUUCCUCCAUCAAGUGGUACAGCGGUUGUGACCCCAUAGUGGAUGGGACAGGCAGGUAUACCUACAGGGAUGAGACCAAACUGAAGAUUGACGGGGUGGAACCUCAAAACAACAGCUUCUACACCUGUACCUUGACCUUCACUCUCGAUGGCAUUACGGGAUCCGUGUCAGAGACCAUUGAUGCACAGGUCAGAGUGGAGUACUCUUUGGUUCCAGAAGUGCAUGAACCAGCCAAUGAAAUACUCAGGGCACAGAUAGGGUCCAAUUUCAGCAAGCGGUGCCUAGUGUUUGUGCCGUGUGUUGGGAGCCACUCAGUUGUAAUCACUUGGUUGGUCAGAGGCAAUUUCAUUUCCAAUAACCACUACUCUGACCGUGUCUACACAUCAAAAAAACGUUCGUGGAGCCAGGAUGUUCCUAGGAAAGGUGUGUGGUUGGAGCAACUGCUGAUGUUUUCUGAGCUGAGGGAGGAGGAUUUCCACAUCAACUAUACUUGUCGAGCGUACAGCGACAAGGGCUUUCCUGAGGGAAAUUUUACUCUGCUACCAGCAGCUCUAGUGAUCACAGUCUGUCCUGGUGGAAAGAUGACCAGUAGAGGGUAUCCCAACAUCAUACUUCCCAUUGGAUUCGUGCUUGGUGGUGUGACGGUUCUCUUUAUCAUCAUUGUCAUCAUCUACUACCUUUUUAAGGUUGACAUUGUGCUGUGGUUCAGGAGAGCGUUUCCAGUCCUCUAUACAAAGGAAGAUUUGGAUGGGAAGCUGUAUGAUGCCUAUGUGGCAUACCCACAGCCCUGUGCCGUCGGAUUCAGCAAAGAAGUGGAGACGUUUGCCCUUCACACACUGCCUCAAGUGUUGGAAACGGCUUGCAGCUACAAACUCUUCAUAGCAGGCCGUGACUGCCAGCCUGGGCAGGCCAUAGUGGACUCAGUGGAAGAGAACAUACAAGCCAGUCGCCGUCUCCUUCUGCUCUACACCGCCUCCACUUUCACCAGCAAACGACACACAAGCAGCAGUAGCAAUAACAACAACACCAUCUAUAAGAGCAGUGAUAGCAGCGAAGGCAAGACCAGAGACAGCAGUAGCAGCAUGAGUUUUGAUGAUAGUGAAGAAGUCUAUUCAGACACAAGGCAGCAGUUGGAGUGUGUGGAAGCAAUGCACAGAGCGCUGCUGGAGGGAUCUCUCAAGGUGGUUCUGGUUGAGUUGGAAGAGAUCACCCCAGCUCAGCUGGCUCUCUUCCCAGAGUCAGUGCGUCACCUGAGGAAGAAGCAGGGCGCCGUGUGCUGGUGGAAGAACCUGAGGACCAGUCAAAGUUGGAGGACAUGUAUGAGGAGGAGAGAGGACGAGGAGAAAGGUGGACAGGACACGCAGUUGUCACCAUCCCUCUCCCCUUCCUCCAGGUUUUGGAAGGAGAUGAGGUAUCAUAUGCCGGUGAGGGGCAAGAGGGCGGUGUACCCCGAGAAGACUGCCCUGCUGAACUUAUGAUGGAGUUAUGAUUGAUUAUAUGAUUAUAUGAUGAUAUGAUUCAAGUGUUGAACCAGAGAAUACAAAUGUGUAAAUAUGUAAAAAAAAUGUAUUUCUACAGUAUCAAAAGUUAUUGAACUACAGAUGAAGAACUAUAAACAGCAACAGCCAAGGUUUAUUUAAAAUGUAUUUAUUUUUAAAACACCAAACUGUGUGCUGACAUUUUUCAUCAUAAUGAUUAUUUUCAUUUCAUGCUGAACCAUUUCAAGUAUUUUUUGUCUCCCUUAGGAUUUUGUUCUUAGCAGUAUGCAAAAGCCUUCGAAUUAGCAUUGACUGUAGACUGCCAUCGGACACAAAUUGUCCACCACAUAUUGUAUAUUCAAUGGAAAGGAAGCUCUGGAAGCUUUGAAACAAGAUGAAUUUCCUGAUGUGGGUCUAUGUAUAAAAGCUUGAUUAUUCUGUCAAUAAAUUGGAAAUUUGCAAAAUAAACUGUCUGAGGAAGACUUCUUA